UUUCAUAGUAUGGAGAGGAGCUAGAUCGACAUCUCUCAUCACAUGUAAUAAUUGCACAGCAAAAAGGUCACCAGAAAACAGCAAUGGCACCUCAGAAAUCGAAGUUUUCUGAUGGCGUGCCAACGAAAUUUACAGAAGGUGAACGAGUUUUGUGUUUCCAUGGACCACUUUUGUAUGAAGCCAAGUGUGUCAAGUCAAAUGUCAAGGAGAAAACCAUCAAGUAUUUCAUUCAUUACAAUGGUUGGAACAAGAAUUGGGAUGAAUGGGUUCCUGAGAGUCGGGUAUUGAAGUUCAAUGAUGGAAACAUUCAGAGGCAGAAAGAUCUUUUAGCUGCUCACUUAAACAAAACAAGAAUAGCAAAAGCUAAAGUAACAAAGAAGCCAGGAGAAAGAGAGAAGGAUAAAGAAAAGGAGAGAGCACCAACCCCACAUGAGGAGAAGCAACAAUCAAAGAAAGCAUCACAAACAGAAUCUGUUUCAACUUCCGGUACAUCAGAACCACCACGGAAGAAACGAGCUAGAACGGAUCCAACAGUUGAAUCAGAAGAGUCAUUCCUGAAUAAAAUUGACAUCAAAGUUAAGAUUCCGGAUGAACUUAAGCCAAUCCUGGUGGAUGAUUGGGACCUGGUUACACGGCAGAAACAGCUUGUACAUCUACCUGCUAAGACAACAGUUGAUCAACUUUUGGAAGAUUACAUCAAGCAUAAGAAAUUAAAGAAAGACUUAUCACCAGCAAAAGAAAGUGCGAUACUAGAAAUUACACAGGGAAUCAAGGAAUAUUUCAAUAUAAUGCUUGGAACCCAGCUUCUGUACAAGUUCGAAAGACCACAGUAUGCGGACGUAAGUACAUUGUAAUUCAUCUUCUAUUUU